ACCUCAAAACCGCGGACCUGAAAUCUACAAUGAUUUGUAGACCUGAAAUGUAUGGUGAUUUGUAGAUCGCAGGUCACAAUAAUCAAACACAAACCUAGCUUUUUCGACGCGGUUACAGCUUUGUUAACUGGCGUUUGAUUCCACCGGUGGAAUUCCAUGAUCAAAAUUUCAAACGCCGUGCCGGAAUCAAAAUCCGACCCGGGAAUUAUUUAAUCGCGCGUCAUGGCAUAAACGCGCGAUUGUCUUGUGUAAUUUUUUCCCGCGAAGCAUCGUUCUAAUCACUCUCGGGCGAAGAACCCGCGCGCCGCUCCUCCAGGCCGCAGUCGUCCGUUCGCGACUUCUUUCUCCAUCGUUCACUCUCCUUCUACCUGCAGCUUGUGACUCCUACUGGCCCCAGCAGCCAAAAAUUCCUGUCCGCCACUGCGGUGGACACAACCAAAAUGCAGCUCUUUCUGGUUUUCUAAAAGAAUGAGAAGGAUCUUUAACAAUGGAGAUGCCAGUCUGACCAAGGUAGGUUUCCGCAGUAGAACGCAGCUACGGGGAUCAUAUCGUUGUUUACACCGACAAGAGAAGGCAAAUCUCAGAGAAGAAGUGCUUGAGAAUUGGAGUGCUAGUUCUUACGCUUUUCUUCUUGGAGAGUGUGCAACAAGGAGAUGGGUUCAAGGAGGAAGGUGGGUUCACUCCCACAUGGUCCGCACUGGUUUCCCCUAUCUCAAAUUGAGUAUCAAGCUCAUCGACAUGUACUUGAAAUGCGGUCGCAUCGACGAUGCCCGCAAACUUUUCAACAAAAUGCCUCCUCAGCAUGUGGUUCCCUGGAACGCCAUGAUUUCGGCCUAUGCCCAACAUGGGUGUGGCAAAGAGGCACUUAGGUUGUUCAUGAUUAUGCAUUUUGGUCAUGUUUUUCCAGAUGAAUUCACAUUCACAAGUGUGUUUAAGGCUUGCGCAGACCUCGGUUAUGCUUUGGGUGGGAGGGUAGCUCAUGGCCGGAUGGUUGUGUCCGGUCUGAAAGCCAAUGUCUUUGUGGGUAGUGCAAUCAUAGACAUGUAUGUGAAGUGUAGCAGGGUCAAGGAUGCCAGACUUGUGUUUGAUGGAAUGGAUGAAAGGGAUGUGGUCCUAUGGACAGCACUGGUUGUGGGGUAUGUACAUAACGAGAAGGAUGAGGAAGCAUUGGAGAUGUUUGGUGAAAUGGUUCAUGGUGGAAUGAGACCAGAUGAGUACACAGUUGCUAGUGUCCUAAUUGCAUGUGGAAACUUAUUGGCACUAAGGGAAGGGAUUCAGAUCCAUGCAGUUAUCAUCAAAGAAGCACUCGAACUAGAUAAUUCUUCUCAUACCUCUUUAUUGAGCAUGUAUGCAAAAUGUGGCAGUGUUGGAGACUCUUUCAAGGUUUUCAAUGGGAUGAGCAAUGCAAAUAUGGUAUCUUGGACUGCCAUGAUAACGGGACUGGUUCAGAAUGGGCAGGAAGAAGAUGCCUUGUCACUCUUUCACAAAAUGACAUCAUUCUCCAUAAAGCCAAAUCAGUUUACAUUUUCAGUAGCACUUAAAGCAUGUGCUGGAGUUGCUCUGUUUGCGGAAGGUAAGCAAAUCCAUGUGCUCAUCAUGAAAGCAGGCUUUGACACAGACGUAUUUGUGGCUGCAGCACUUAUUGACAUGUAUGGGAAGUGCGGGUGCAUGGGAAUGGCACUCUUGGUGUUUAAUAACAGGUUGCUGGAAAAAGAUGUUGUUUUGUUUAAUGCAAUGAUUUCAGGAUAUGCACAGAAUGGACAUGGUCAGGAAGGUCUGCAACUCUUUGAGGAAAUGCAACAAUUAGGUAUAAUCCCAAAUUCUGCAACCUUCAUAAGUCUUCUAUCAGCAUGCAGUAACUCUGGAAUGCUGGAAGAAGGUCGCAGAGUUUUCCGUGUGAUGUUUGCCCUUGGCAUUGUGCUCUCAAGAGAGCAUUAUGGCUGCAUGGUUGAUCUCCUUGGACGGGCUGGGCAGUUGGAAGAAGCUGAAAAGUUGAUACGCAGCAUGCCCAUGGGACCAGACACUGUAAUUUGGCGGACAUUGCUCAGUGCUUGUAAAAUUCAUGGUGAGAUUGGGAUAGGACAGAGGGCAGCUGAAUCUGUGCUUCGAUUGGUAGAGGAAGAUGAUGGAACUCAUGUCUUAUUAUCUAAUCUUUAUGCUUCCGCAAGCAACUGGACUGAAGUUGCUAGGAUAAAAAAUAAGAUGAGAAACAUUGGUGUGAAGAAGGAUCCUGCACUAAGCUGGAUUGAGGUUAAUCACAAAAUAUAUGUUUUUGUUGCUGGGGACCAAUCACACCCAAGAAAAAAUGAGAUAUAUGCCAAACUAGAUGAACUAAUUUUAAGAACUGAGGAUCUAGGUUAUGUCCCUGAUACCAGGUUUGUAUUGCAAGACUUGGACGAUGAGAUGAAAGAGAGAUCUUUGCACUACCACAGUGAAAAGUUGACAAUUGCUUUUGGGUUGCUUUGCUUACCACUUGGUGUCCCUAUUCGGAUAUUCAAGAAUCUAAGAGUUUGUGGGGAUUGUCAUAACUGGAUAAAAUUUACUUCUAGAGUUGUACAAAGAGAGAUCAUUGCUAGGGAUGCAAAGAGGUUCCAUCAUUUCAAGGAUGGAAUCUGUUCCUGUGGAGACUAUUGGUAAGAUCCAUCAAAAAGUUAUCUAUAUCAGGGGUGAAAUGAUGUUUUUAUCCAAAAAUUAGCAGAGCGACUGAUGCAUUUCAAGCACAAAAGUGAAGAAUAUGAAAUGUGGCCCGUGGUUGCUGCAUUAGAUGCUGUCGUCUUGUGAUGAUACUGAUUUUCCUUGGUUCCUCUUCGAAUGUUUUCUUACAGUUGUCAAUCAACUGAGUGACUAAUGCAUUUCAUGUACAAAAAUUUAGGCUUCAACACCAAUUCAAGUUUUUAUCUAUGUAAGAGUUCCUAGUUCACUGUCUCUUCUUGGUAAAAGAACCCAUAACACGUGUAAGUGGAGUUAUGGCUGUGCUUGGCGAUAUUUAGAAAAUUUUCUUAUGCUUGUUGGAGUGAAAACUGGUCAGGCAGCUUAAAUUUUCCUUGAGAUGCUUCAUUGCAGGUUUGAGUGAUACUGAUUAAGAACGAUAAGGGUUCAAGUGUGCAUGCAUGCCCAUGAGCAAUCACAUUUUUGUGUGUAUUUUGCAUGUUCAUGUACCUCUGCAUGAACAGCAUAGCUUAGUGCAUCCAUAAACGGGCAAACACAGGGGGAUCAAACAAAGAAAAUGCAGAGGCUUGCUGUAAAUAGAAAAUGUUCUCGCAAGCUGAGUCCAAUUCAGAUUGAUGGGGCAUCAUGAAUGAGUUCAGAUAAGUGAAAGCAUUGUGAAGAAACUAAGUGAAGAAGUGAACGAUUAGGAGGCCUAACGACUGACAAGUGACAAAUCUAUUUGUUGCAAAGACUUGGAAUACUGCCUACUGCUUCAAAAGUGAUAUCAACGACUCUUGUUUUCCGGCUUUGUCAUUAUAUGAACAUGGACUGGGACUCAAGCAGCUGGCUCUUUGGUUAGCUCCACUAUUAGCAGGGACUUGAACACCGAUAUCAGUCUGCUACUGUGACUAAUCUAUUUUGGUCUCUUUGCUCAAAAGGCGAGACUACCAAACAAGCCUGCCUUCUUGUAUUCACCUCUAUCUUCUAGUACUUUCAUUCUUCUUUGGUUUUGGAAACUGGAAAAAGCUAUUCUUUUUUUCCUCA